AUGGCCUUCUUCCUCCGCCCGGCUACCGUCGCAGACGUCGACGCGAUCCUCAAGCUCGUCGUUGCUCUCGCUGUGUAUGAGAAAGAGCCAGAUGCCGUGAAGGCCACUCCCGAACUUUACAGGAAGAACCUGUUUGAGACGCCAUACGCUCACACCAUCCUCGCCGUCUCGGGCACCCCGGACUCGCCGGGAGAGGCCAUUGGCCUGGCGAUGUACUUCUUCAACUACUCGACAUGGACAGGCAAGCCCGGGAUAUACCUCGAGGAUCUCUUCGUCGAUCCAUCCUACAGAGGCAAGGGUGUCGGAAAGGCGCUCUUUGGCGAGCUCGGCAAGGUCGCGGAGGCAAAGGACUGUGCUCGCAUCGAUUGGCAAGUGCUCAAGUGGAAUCAGCCGUCAAUUGACUUCUAUGAGAAGGCCCUCGGAGCUACAUCCAUGUCUGAAUGGAUGGGUAUGCGCCUAGAAGGGAACCAGAUCCAGAACUUGCGUCAGUUUCAAGUAUGA